AUGCAGGUUUAUAUUAUAACAACAGUUGGAAAUUCAACACCCUAUGUCUUCGAUGUUGAACAAACAACAACUAUUCGACAACUUAAAGACUAUUAUCUUAAAAAGGCGAAUCGAAAGGAAGAUCCUGAAAAAUUAAUUUUAACACUGAAUGCAACUCAACUCGAUGAAGAUGAUAAAACACUUUUUGAUUAUCGUAUAGGACCGGAUUCUAUGCUUACUUUGACUUAUAGCGACUUUAAAGGUCGUAAUCCGACUUUUGGAGUACACUUUGUUGAUGUUAGUAAUGAGACAGGUUUAAAAAGAGCAGAAUGGGCAAAGACGGCUCCAAAAUGGCGAAUAGCAUCUUCUGGUCUGUGUUUGGAAGGACUAUGUAAGAAUAAGGCAUGUGAAGCUAACAAUCAAAAGGUUGUUAUGUCCAUGGGAUACAUUGAAUUUGACGUUCUGAAAGAUCCAAAUGUCAAAACAACAAAGUGUCCGAUAUGUUUCAAAUUUGUUAACCCAAUAACAUGUGCUUUUAAUAAUUGUUGGUGGAAAUAUGAGGGUAUAAAGCAACCAAAUGAAUCUGAAGAACCUGAACCCAUCGAAAGUACAUGGAAAUAUGCAGAUAAUGCAUAUCAUUAUUUUGAUGAAUAUACAAGUGGAACUGUACAAUGGCGACAUUUGAAAUUGACUGCCGUAGAAACUAAACCUAAGAAAUGA